AUGCCUAUGAAUUUUGUGAUGGAGGUAGAAGUGUUCGAUGUCUGGGGGAUUGACUUUAUGGGACCCUUUGUGAGUUCUGGUGGCAUGAAAUAUAUCUUGGUUGCUGUGGACUAUGUGUUGAAAUGGGCAUAUGAGAGUGCAACACUAUAUAAAGAGAGGAUGAAACAAUAUCAUGAUAAGAAAAUCCUGAAGCGAGAAUUCUACAAGGGUGAUCCUAUCUUGCUGUUUAACUCUCGAUUGAAGUUGCUACCGGGCAAACUAAAGUCAAGGUGGUCUGGUCCGUUUGAGGUGGUAGGUGUUUCACCUCAUGGAGCGAUUGAGCUGAAGUUCAGAGAUGGAAAUCAGACAUUUAAGGUGAAUGGGCAGAGGGUGAAGCACUAUCACGGGAUGAUUUCAGGAGAUAGAAUUGUUGACCGAUAUCGGUUGAAGCACCUCGGAAUGAACGCUAACCCGGUGUUCCUUGAUAAGGAGUGA